AUGAAUGUGCUGGGUUCAUCAACUUAUAGCUCUAAUGUUCAUUCUUCCUCUCAAGCAAAUGGCCCUUCCACAUAUUUAUAAUACAAUAGCUAACACCCAACUGCAGCCUCUUCUUUUUAGAAUAAUCAGCACCUAAGCAAUGCAGGUUCAAGUAAUUUAAAUAGUUUAGGUAGCAGCAGUAGCAGCAAUUAUGUGAAGAGAUAAGCAGGAAAAUCGUUUUAAUAGCUAAACUAAUCACAAGGACUCAAUAGAAGCAACGACGGAGAUGAGAAAAUUCGUCAGAAAAACUAAUCUUUGUCUCUUGCAAAGUAGAGCAAGUCUCAUCUAUUCAAAUAGUAAUAGUAGCAGUAAUAUUUUAAAUCAGAAAAAUACAGGAAGUUACAACAAAUGUAUAGACAAAAGCUAUACCAAAAUUUAUAUGAUAAAUUUUCGCAAUCAUAGAAUUACUAUUACACACGAGAUUUAAAUGAUUUGCUCUAAGGUUCUCGCACUAAAUUCACAAUUAAAUUCAAGGAUUUACAAGUUUUAGAUGAUCAAGAGGAGUAUCUGAAGAGGAUGUAUUCUAGAUUUGAAUAUCCUCAAAAGAUAAAAUUAUUAACAGAAUACUAUAAAUUUCACCAAGAUAUUCCUAGAUUGUUUAUGUAGCCUCUCUGUAACAUCAUCAAUCAUAUGCACGAUAAAAAGAGGAGAAUUGAAUAUUAUAGAAUUGCAAAAAUUAUUGAAGAAGAAAAUAAAAAAAAUCCAAAUAAACCACCCAAAGGAAUAGUAGGGGACAUACCUGCACCAGGGACUGAAGAAAGUGUGCAUGAUAAAAAUCAUAAAGCGAAAUAAAAGUUGGAGAAGGGUUUAUCAAAUUUUUUAAAGGAUUUAAGCAGUUUUGUUAAUGCACGUUAAAAUGAUUCUAAAGUUAAUAACAAUGACAAUAAUCAAUUAUCUAAGAACAACAUUAUAGCCAAAAAUAUAGCGAAGUAUUCCUCUCAAGGAACUUAAAAAUUAGGGUCUAAUAUAAAUGCAGCACAAUCAGUAGCUACGAUGUCUGCAGCAAGUUAAUAGCCUGAUAGUAAAUUAAAGCAAACCACUGCUCAAAGUUAAUAAAAGAAAGAUAGUAUCAAGGGUAAAAAUAGCACGCAAAAUUCAAACUAAUCAAAUAAACCAAAUUCAAAUUCUUCUUCUGUUUCUGUUUCGUAAUCGCAAAAGGGAGUGUAAGACACUCUGUUAGAAAUAAAUUAUAAGCUCAAUGAUAUUUUGCAGUAGAGCUCUAUGUCGAUAAAAUCAGAAGUGACUAUUGUUGAUAUGGCUGAUAAUCAUGGAUUGGAGGAUUUUUUGAAAUUUUUGUAAAAAGAUUAGCACGUUAAUCUCAAAAAUAACGCUACAUCCUAAGAGUAAAGCAACCACCAAUAAUUAUUAAACAUAAAUAUUCACUAGCAAGAUAUCAAAUUGAGUUCUCUUUAAAGCAACAAAAUAACUUCAAGUCACCCAACAAGCGUAAAAAAUGGAGGUACUAUUAACCUCCAUUAAAUAAGCAGUAAAACAGAUGCAAAAGAUGGAGCAGCAAAAAUUGUUAAAUAGAAUGAAAAAGACGAAAGUAAUAAAAUAGGCAGCGAUUUACUUAUCGAUUAGAAAAAAUUGCAAGCAAAAUAAAGCAACGAACAAAAUUCUUUUUCUGAUAAAAAAUAGUAAAUCUCAGAAAACUUUUCAAACUCUACGAAAACCAGCUAGUAAAACCUCGAUAAGGUGUUCAGCGGAAGCAAAAAUUAAAUAGCAAUUCAAUAAAAAAUAAAUGAGCAGAUAUUGUAGUAGUAGUAGUAACAUCAAUAAAUGCAGUAGAUUUAACAUUAACAGCAAAAUAUUGAAGAUAAUUUUCCCAAAAAUCUCAAAAUAUCUCUGUAACCCUAUAAUAAUUAGUCAUAGCAGGCAUUGAAUUCAGCGAGAAAUUCUUAAAGCAACAACCAUAACUUAGAUUUAAAGCUUAAUUUAAAUACAAUUUAAAACACUUUAUUAAAUAAUAAUAACAUAAAUACUCCUUCUUCUCAAAGCAAUAACAAGAAAAGCACUUUUUAGCAAGGUAAAAGACUCAGCACUGGAGGGGUUACACUUGCAAGUGAAUCUUAAAAAACUUUACUUUCUCACAGAGUGAACAAAGCGGAUUUGUAAUUAGACGAAUAUCCUCUAACUUCUAGAGCCUCAUUAAAUUCUGGUGGAAAUGGUGGAAUUUCAUAACAAUUGUAGCAAGAUUACCAAAAUUAAUAAAUAAAACCAAUCGCUAAUAUGAGGGGAUAGAUGAAUCAACCAAACAUAAAUUUAAAUUUUAAUUUUACUUAAUAAUCAAUUUCUUCUCCAAUGAAUUAAAUUAAUUUUUCUUCUUAGAAUCAACUUCUAUCUGAUUCAAUCAGCAAAUAAGGUAAUUCUCAAGCUCCUCUUAGUUCUGAUAAAAAAGUGCAAAUGCCCUAGCCUCUAUUUCAGAAGACUUUUUCUUCAAAUAUGAACAGCAACAAUAAUAAUAGUAAUUCAGGAUCCUCCCACAAUCUUGCCAUGAAUAGCAAUACCCCUCAAUCUUUGACUCAAUCAUAAUUCAAGAUAUCUAAAAUAAAAAAGAAUAACAAUAAUCCUUCCACAACUAAUAGCCAAAAGAUUAUUGAAAUCAGUCCAAGAGGAGGAGAUUCGAGAGAAGAUCAUGAUUCUGGUAUUGGAUUUACUUCUUCUACUUUACAAGUACCUAAUUCAGUUUCUAGCUCAUAAUAAAUAAAGAUAAAUAAACCUAAAAAUUAAUCUUUGUCUUCCAGAAAUCAAUUUAGCAGUAUGCACACAAAGCCAUUAAGUUAAUUGAAUUCUCCAUCAAAUUCUGUUCGUAGUUUCAAUCCAAGUUUCAAUUUCAAUACAAAUACUAGUGGAGGAGAUACAAUGAAUUUAGUUACUUCUUCUCCAUCAAGUCUAAAUAACUUCCAAAAUAUGAUUAAUAGCUAGUAGUAGUUAUCAAGCUAGAAUGUAGAUGCAAUAAUAAAUGGAAAAAACACAGUGAAUUAAUAAAAGAUUAUUAAUUAAAUAUAAAAUAUAAACUAGCUGUCUAAGUAGCUUUAAUUACAUUCAAUACCUCAGCAACAACAAUCAUAAUAACAGUAGCAAUAGUAAUAAUAAUAAUAAUAACAAUAAGCUUAAUAUUCAAUCCAAUAAAAUAACAAAUAACUUACAAAUCAGUAAUAAUUGUAAGUUAAGCUGAUGGCAAGUUAAAACUUACAAAAGUAAAAAUCAGCAAAUUCUAAUAUGAAUCCUGAAGGAUAUUCAUAAAAUUAAAAUAAUAAGAAUUAAAAUUAAGGAAUAACUCCUUUCAAUUAUAAAUCAACAACAGCUAGAGAGUCAACAAAUAAUCCUAAUAUUAUUAAAUCAUCAUCAUAGCUGAGUAUGGCUGCCAGUUAGCUGACAGGAAGUUUAACCUCUAGAAAUUCAAUCUAAUAAACACAUUUUAGAUAACAUAGCAAUCCUGUAUAGAAUAAUUUACUCACUAGCCCGAAUUCUCUCUUGAACUAGCAAAACAGUUCAGCAAAUAUCAGUGGUACUACUAAUACAAACGGAACAGCUAAUAAUUAAAUGAGUAAUAAUAACAUCCCUUAUAUUGCUUCUAACACUGCUGGCUUUAAUUAUUUCAGCACUCCAAAUAGCAGCAAUAACAUUAAUUCUAUUUCUAGCCAUAAAUAAAUGCUUGGAGAAUAGACAAAUGGUAAUUAAAUGUAUCCUUAAAAUGAAGAAUAUUUCUAAAGAAACAAUAGCAUAGCCAAUCAUCCAACUAUUUAAUAAUCUUUUAAAGAUCCCAAUUUAAUAUCCCCAAGAAUAGAAGGCAACAACUAAAAACACUUCUUUGGUAGUCAGCAGUCGUUCCUUCCUAUUACUAACAAUUAACAGUAAUUGUAAAAGAAGCAAUCUCACAAGUAUACAAAAUCUGAUUAAUAACCAAACAAUUAUAAUUACAUGUAACAAUUCUCUCAUUAAGCUAGCAAUAUUGGUUCUCCAACUUAAAAUGCUUAAACAAAAUUGCUAAAAAGCGGUGGAUUGACAUAGAAUUAACAAGCUCCUUCAUCAUUUUCUCAAUAAAACUUCAACAAUAACAAUAAUUUGUAAGGAAAUAGCUCUGGUUCUCAUAGUAAUUUAAAUCUUAACCAAGCUAUUUUAUCUUCUUAAAUUGCUAAUAGCUCAGCUUUAACUUCUCCAGGAGGAGGUGGAGGAGGAUAUAUGUAAUCCAAUUCUAAACUGACAACUCGUUAAAGUGUAUCGAAAUUACCAGCAGCUCAUAAUUCAUUUGGAACUCAACAAAAUACGCCUAUGGCAUCAAACUCUUAGCAAAUAAAAAUGAAAAGUAUAUCACCAAGAAAAUAGCUAGUAUUACCAGUGAAUGGUCAUGAUUAAAAAAAGAUAUCUAUACUUUGA